UUGACAGCUUGGGCCACAGUGCUUCCCCUCUCCAGCUCUGGAUGUGUUCGAGAUAGAUUUUUUUUCAGUUUUCUGUUUUUUUUGUGUCUCUGGGAUUUCGGUUGAUUUAAACGCCCUACUUCCUAAAGGUUGCUCAAGGAGCCUGGUGUGUGUGAUUUUUGAUUAUACACGAUGGGGAUCAAAGCAGCUCUUCCCAAGUAUGAGCUCUAUUUUUAUUAUGUGGUGCUGUCCCUGGCAAUGCUCUGGGCUGCCAGUUGGAUUUUUGAGGUGUCCAGCUCCAAUGCAAACCGAAAGUCCUUGAAGUCCAACAUCCAGCCCGGAUGGUACUACUUUGGCAGAAAAAUGGACACGGCUGAUGUGGAGUGGAUGAUGUGGUUCUCUACGUUCCGUGAGCACAUCAUCUUUGCUCUCACUGGCCAUGUCUUAUUCGCCAAGAUCUCCUCCAUGCUGGCUCCUCAGUUCCGUUCUCUGGUCUUCAUGGUCUACGGUGUUCUUGCUGUUCUUACGAGUAUGGGUUGGACCUACGUGACGCUCAUCCUCUCUCACUGUGUGCUGCUCUACAGCAUCUCACUCGUCAAACUCCGGUGGCUCUGCUUCACCGCCGGACUCGUCACGCUCGCUACUUUUAAGAUGGAGCCGUUUGUUUCAUGGCAGGCUGGGUUCGUGACCGGAGACUUUGCUCUGCGCCCGGUGCUGUUCUACGGCGGCUGCGGCUUCACCAUCAUGCGGUGUAUGAGCUUUGCUUUGGAGAACUGUGAGAGGAAAGAGGGUCACUACAGCAUCCUAGAGCUGCUCAAGUACAACUUCUACCUCCCCUUCUUCUACUUCGGACCCAUCAUGACCUUCGAUAAAUUCUAUAUCCAGGCUAAUAAUCCAGACUUGGGACGUAAAGAGAGAGAGAUGUGGGACAUUUCUAUCCAGGCUUUAUUAAACUUGGGAGUUAUCAUCAUAAUGGCCAUCAUCUUCCACUUCAUGUAUAUUCUGACCCUUCCGAGUGACAUGAAGCUGUUGAAACACCUCUCAGACUGGACUAUUGCGGGAUUAGCGUACGUGAAUCUGGUGUACGACUGGGUGAAAGCCGCAGUGAUGUUCGGUGUUAUAAACACAGUGUCUCGACUGGACCAUCUAGACCCUCCCAAACCUCCCAAAUGCAUCACGAUGCUCUACGUCUUCUCCGAAACGCACUUUGAUCGAGGAAUCAAUGACUGGCUCUGCAAGUACGUGUAUAAUUACCUCGGGGGUAAACAUGAUAACAUGCUGGACGAGUUGUUCGCCUCGGUCUGCACGUACGGCAUCACGGCGCUGUGGCUCGGGCCGAGCUGGGUCGUCUUCCUCUGGGCUUUCUUCAACUGCUUCGGCCUCAACUUUGAGCUGUGGAUGGCCAAGUUCUUCUCCACUGAACCUUUCUUUACCAUUGAGACGGCGAUGUCUGAAUCCAUGUCUCGCAGAAUUAGAGCUGUGUUCAAUGCUUUCAACUUCUGGUGUAUCGUCCUGUACAACCUCCUGGUCCUCAACAGUCUUGACUUUGUGAAGCUUGUUGCUAAGAGAUUACUGCUGAAAGGUUUCCCUUUAUCCACCAUCACAGUGAUGUUUGUGACCUACUGCUUGGUGCAGAUAAUAAAAGAGAGAGAAAGGAAGCAGGCUCUGAUUUAUGACCCUGAUCCUGUACCUCCUCCUGUCCCAGUCCCACCUCCAGUUACCGUCAAACCUCAAACCGAGGCCUCGGCCGCUGCUGGGGACCCCGACAAGGAAAAGUCAGAGUAGGAAGACAUUACUCUGUUAAACUGUUGGGUUUGAGUUGCAUAUGGCAAAAAUAUAUACCUGAAAAAAAUGGACAACUCAGACUGACAUAACAGAAUGUAUAUGGUGUGUUUUUAUACAGAACAAAUACACAAUAACACUGUAAUGAACCUUAAAGAUUUUUAACAAACACACUUCGCAUGAACAAUUUAUCCUUACAGUUUUUACAUAAUGCCUCUGUUUACUGGAAUAUGAUGAAAGAUAUCUUACAACUGUACAGAAAUAAAAAGACGGA